CUCGAGUUAUUCUUAAAUUCUGCUCUCUCAUCCUUUGUUGAAGCGCGUUCGGGAGAGGGAGAGAGAGAGGGGGAGAGAGAGACCCUAAAGGGCGGAGUUAUCCACUUCCUUUCUCCCCUUCAUUUAAUUGGGAUCUAUAGUGGCUCUGUGUUGAAUGGUCAGUCGCAGAGAGAAGGGGCAGCCCUUGAUUUAAGAGAAGCGUUUUGUCUGAAGCCGUGGCUCUAAAGGAGGCUUUGCUAUUUUGGGUUAGUCUCUCAAAGAGUGUCUUCAGACAGCGGGAGACAGAUACGCGCGCACACAGGCUCUCCAGACGGAGGUUGCGCUUCCAGUCUCUUGAUACGCGCAACAGAUUUCUCCUUAGUGACAGGGGGAUAUGCGCUUUUGGUUUUAAUGUCAUUGCUUGUUUUAUACUCCUGCACUCUGCUUAUUUGUCAAGACCCAUUUUGUACGUCGGAACCCUUUGAGAAGACGUUUUCUUUCGCAUCUGGAGAUGUUUUUGAGACCAUAACAACGCAUGUGAAGGAUUGAGCCAGUACAACAAAGGAAACGACAAUCAUUCUGAGAGUUUAUUUGUGUGCCUGUCGGAACCCAACAUGGAUACCAGCAAGGGCACAGUGUUCUGUGUCACUUUACUCAAACUUGCUGUGCUCGUAACAUUGGCACAACACGUCUCGGCUAAAACUCUGAAAUACCAAGUUUACGAAGAGCAGAAGGUGGGUACAGUAAUCGCCAGACUUCGAGAAGAUGUCGCUGAUGUUUUGUCCAAACUUCCGAGCUCGAUUCCGUUACGCUUUAGAGCCAUGCAGCGCGGCAGCGCGUCUCUUCUCUCCGUGCGCGACCAGGAUGGAGAGAUUAGCAUCAGGACCAAAAUAGACCGCGAGAAACUGUGCGAAAAGAAUCUUAACUGCACUAUCGAAUUUGACGUCCUCACCCUCCCCACGGAGCACCUGCAGCUGUUCCACAUCGAAGUGGAGAUUUUGGACAUUAACGAUAAUGCGCCACAGUUCGCGCGCCCCGUCAUUCCCAUAGAGAUCUCCGAAACCGCCGUCGUGGGGACGCGCAUUCCCCUUGACAGCGCCACAGAUCCAGACGUCGGGGAGAACUCUCUGAACACAUACUCUCUGACCCCAUCUGACUUCUUUAAGAUUGAUAUUCUAACUAGAACCGAUGGCGCCAAGUACGCUGAGCUCAUUGUGCUUAAAGAGCUGGAUAGAGAGGUGCGAGCGAGUUAUGAACUCCAGCUCACCGCCUCAGACAGGGGCGUUCCCCCAAAAUUUGGAACAACGCUCCUGAAAAUCAGCAUAGCUGACUCGAACGACAACAAUCCGGUAUUUGAGAAACCAUCUUAUGUGAUCAAUUUGCUUGAAAAUUCCCUUUUGGGCAGUUUGCUUAUUGAUCUGAAUGCCACUGACCCAGAUGAAGGGACCAAUGGGAAAAUCGUAUAUUCUUUUAGCAGUCACGUGUCACCUAAAAUUUUAGAGACCUUUAAAAUUAGUUCUGAUAACGGUCAUUUGACACUGAUGAGGAAAGUUGACUUUGAAAGCACAAAUUCGUUUGACAUAGAUGUUCAAGCUCAAGACAUGGGCCCCAACUCAAUGCCAGCACACUGUAAAGUCAUAAUCAAAGUGGUGGACGUGAAUGACAACAAACCUGACAUUAGUAUUAAUUUAAUGUCCUCUGGAAACGAGGAGAUAGCUUAUAUAUCAGAGACAGCUCCUGUAGAUUCAUUUGUUGCUCUGGUGAGGGUAGAUGACCUGGACUCUGGGUUGAAUGGAGAGGUGGAGUGCCGUCUCCACGGCCAGGGUCAUUUCAGGCUGCAGAAGACAUAUGAGAAGAACUACAUGAUUGUAACAAAUGUCACUCUGGACAGAGAGAAGAGGUCAGAGUUCAGCUUGACCGUUAUUGGCGAAGAUAAAGGCUCUCCAAGUUUAUCUACCAUAAAACGCUUCACUGUGCAGGUCCAGGAUGAGAACGACAAUGCGCCGAGGUUUGAGAAGAGCAGGUAUGAGAUUUCCAAGGCAGAAAACAACUCACCAGGAGCUUAUCUGUCAUCUGUGAAGGCCUCAGAUCCAGACCUGGGCCCAAAUGGACAAGUGAGCUACUCCAUACUUGAAAGUAUGAUCCAUGGGAGCUCCAUCUCCACUUACGUCACCAUUGACCCCUCUAACGGAGACAUUUAUGCUCUGCGUACUUUUGAUCGUGAAGACGUAAGUCAGAUCUCGUUCUUAGUCCAGGCCCGGGAUUCUGGAAGUCCUCCGCUGCGUAGUAACGUGACUUUUGUGUUGACCGUCUUGGAUGAGAAUGACAACAGACCGGUCAUCAUGAUGCCUCAGCUGUGGAACCACACGGCUGAUGUUCCCGUAUCCAAAUACGCAGAGGUCGGGGACAUUGUAACUGUCGUCCGUGCCAUAGACCGUGAUGCUGGCACCAACGGUGACCUUUCAUGUUCUGUCGUAGGAGGCAACGAGGCAGGUUACUUCGCCAUGGAUGCUAAAACAUGCGAAAUUCGGACCAAUGUCAGCAUGCAGGACAUUCCACAGGAUCACGUGGAGCUGACCAUCCUAGUGCAGGACCAUGGUGCCCAACCCCUUAGUGCCAGAGCCCUACUGAGGCUUUCACUUUAUGAAAACAUUGAGAACCACAUGAACCCCCAUCUAACAGGUGGAGGAUCUGGAGAUGGCCCUCUAGACGUGUCAAUGAUCAUCAUCAUCUCCCUUGUGGCGAUAUGUGCUGUUCUACUUCUCAUCAUGGUGGCCUUUGCCCUACGCUGCUCACGUGAAAAGAAGGACACUCGCUCAUACAACUGCAGGGUGGCUGAGUCUACUUACCAACAGCACCCUAAAAAACCCUCACGGCAGAUCCAUAAGGGUGACAUCACCCUGAUGCCAACUGUCAACGGGACCCUCCCGAUCCGGGCGCACCAUCGCUCGCCAACCUCCUCGCCCGGACCAGAACGGGCCCACAUGGGCACCCGGCAGAGCCAACACAGCCGCCAUUCGCUAAACAGCUUGGUCACUAUUUCCUCCAAUCACAUCCCUGAGAACUUCGCCCUGGAGCUUACACAUGCCACGCCCCCUGUGGAGCAAGUCUCACAGCUCCUCUCAAUACUCCAUCAGGGUCAGUAUCAGCCACGGCCCAGCUUCAGAGGGAACAAAUACUCUCGCAGCUACAGGUACGCCCUCCAGGACAUGGAUAAGUUCAGUCUGAAAGAUAGUGGGCGUGGCGACAGUGAUGCGGGCGACAGCGACUGCGAGAUGGGCCGCGAUUCGCCCAUCGACCGGUUGCUAGGCGACGGCUUCGGAGACCUCUUCCACAGCGAUGGACACCAUCGUCUCCACCCAGCAGUCAUGAGAUUGUGUACGGAGGAGUGCCGUGUGUUGGGUCACUCUGACCAGUGCUGGAUGCCAUGUCAGGCGUCCUCGGAUUACCGUGUGAACAUGUACAUCCCCGGAGAAGAGAGCAGGCCUCAGGUCCUCGAAGAGGACCAGCAGUCAGUCGACUCAGCUAAGAAGAGCUUUUCUACCUUCGGAAAGGACAACGAUGAGGAAUGCGGAAGCUCUCUGCUGUCAGAAAUGAACAACGUCUUCCAACGUCUCCUGCCACCUUCUUACGCUGAGGUCAGAGAGCUCGAAGAAUGCGCCGGCCCGCCCCCUUACUCCAUUGGCAUGGAGAUCAGAAAGGGCUUCCUGCCGGGUAAAGCGUCAUCUACCGGUCCCUCUUACCCACAGGGUGUUGCUGUGUGGGCGGCCAAUACUCACUUUCAGAAUCCCGGUGGUGCCGUGACUAGCGGACAUGGCUCAACCAAUCAUGCGGCCUCGCAGGCACACUUAAAAUGGCUGCCGGCGAUGGAGGAGAUUCCAGAGAACUACGAAGAGGACGACUUGGAGAGCGUGCUCAGCCAGCGGCAGGGAAAACGCAACGACACGAGACACGAAGUGGUCGACGCUAGUGAACUGGUUGCCGAAAUCAACAAAUUGCUUCAGGACGUACGCCAGAGCUAAGCAACAAUCUGAUAAAGAACAUUUCCCUAUCUCAUUCUUUUUCGUUCGCUCUAUUUUCGUAGAGUGAACUAAUCAUUUAAAGGAGGAGAAAGGGAGAGAGUUCAGCGCUGUAGCCUUGAUUGAGUCGCAUGUGGAAGCUUUUCGGUUAAUAUUGUUUACUUGGUAUGACUUUUUGGUCUUUUGUACAAAAGUGAACACAAUGUGACUGUAAAUGCCUUUUAUGUUUUUUUUACUACGUAUUUAUAUAUGUGUAUAUAUGUGUUUGUACAGAAAGCAAUUCAAAUGUCUAUUUUUAUACAGUAUUUCACUGCAUGUACCUAAAAUUAAACCAAGAUUUGUUUGUAUAUUUGCAAUUGUAUGCGUGUGUGUGCGUGCGUGUGUGUGUAAGAAUGUUUUAAUCGAUGCAGAUUUCACAUUGUAUACAAACUAUUGUUGGUGGUCUGAUUGUCUGUUAUCAUUAUUAUGAACACCAAAAUACUUUGACUAGAAUGGUUCUCUUUCCAUGGUCUAUCCAUGAGUGACUGUGAAAUGUUUCUUGGGACCUUAUAAGGAUUUUUCUCUUUGUCAGCAGACCUUACUGUUACGAUUUUACAAUAAUGUUGCAUUAAACAAUUUAGAAAUA